UCGAUGGCGUUUCUCGGGAACGGCUACUGCUCGUCGGGGUCGGAGGGGGAGGACGAGGACGAGGGGGUGGAGGGGUACCGGAAGGGAGGCUACCACGCCGCCAGGCCCGGCGACCGGUUCGCCGGCGGGAGGUUCGUCGCGCAGCGGAAGCUCGGGUGGGGGAACUUCUCCACCGUCUGGCUCGCGUACGACACCCUCCUCAGCAGAUUUGUCGCGCUCAAGAUUCAGAAGAGCGCGAGGGAUUACGCACAAGCGGCACUCCACGAGAUAGAGCUAUUGUCGGCAAUAGCCAAAGGCGACCCAACGAAUUCCAAGAACGUCGUGCAAUUGCUGGACCAUUUCAAGCAUGCUGGCCCAAACGGACAGCAUGUUUGCCUGGUCACCGAGUUCCUUGGUGACAGCUUGCUAAGAUUGAUACGGUACAACCGGAAUAAGGGCAUUGGUCUGAACAGAGUCAAGGAAAUUUGCCGAUCAGUGUUGGUCGGUCUUGAUUACUUGCACAGAGAGCUUGGCAUCAUCCACACGGAUUUGAAGCCGGAGAAUGUUCUUCUUGUGUCAACAAUAAACCCAUCGAAGGACCCAGUGCGCUCUGGGUUCACACCGAUUCUUGAGAGAGCUGUGAGCAACCAGUACAGCGGGUCAGUAAUUAGUUUCAGUGAAAAGAUGCUUAAGAUGCGGGCAAGACGAGCUGUUGCAAAGAUUUCACAGAGGAGGGUGUCUCUUGGUGGAGUUGCAGCAGAGAUGGAGAAGGAGAGGAGCCUGGAUGGUAUUAGCUUGAAGUGCAAGAUUGUUGAUUUUGGGAAUGCCUGCUGGGGAAGUCAGCAGCUUGCUGGUGAAAUACAGACAAGACAGUACAGAGCUCCUGAGGUUAUCAUUGGUGCCAGUUACUCAUAUUCUGCUGAUAUGUGGUCAUUUGCUUGCAUGGCCUUUGAGCUUGCAACCGGUGAAGUGCUGUUUGCUCCCAAUAUAUGUCAGGGCUGUAGUGAAGAUGAGGAUCACUUGGCUCAGAUGAUGGAAACCCUUGGAAAGAUGCCUAAGAAGAUUGCUAGUUCAGGUAAUCGUUCAAAGGAUUACUUUGAUCGGCAUGGAGAUUUAAAAAGGAUCAGAAGGCUGAAGUUCUGGCCUCUAGAACGUGUACUCGUUCAGAGAUACAAUUUCACUGAACCUGACGCCCACAGUUUCGCUGAUUUUCUUCGUUCAAUUCUAGAUUUUACUCCAGAAAACAGACCGACGGCUGCAGAUUGCUUGAAGCACCAAUGGCUAAACUGAUUUGACAAUACUGUUACUUCGGAAAUCUAACAAGUAGAAGCUUGGUUAUCAGUUACUCGUUUGACUGAGAAUGCAGAGAAUUGUGGCCUUGGUUCUUUGCCUUCUGAUAUCUGGGAGAGCUCGGUUUUCUGAUGCAGCUCAGUUUUCAUAGUGCAAACAGUAGACACCCUCACCAUCUGGAUAGCAAAUGGGUAUCAUCAGAGUGAUGUUUGAGCUUUAGUUUAUUUCUAUUUAUGAAAUGCUUGAUCAUGUAUUUGGACGUAGCAAAAUUUCUACUAGUGUGUUUUGGGUGUGGAGCUAAUGACAUGCUAAUUGGUGUCAGCAUGUACGUUUGCCUGAAUUCUGUCGGCUGUGCCUCAUGUUGAUAACUUGAUAUAAGAUGUAGCGUUUGCUAAUCUGAUCUGGGCCAUCUGGCCACCAAACUUUUUAUCUUUUGGUUGAGAAAGAACAGUUCAGUGCAGCCGUGCAUCUAAUCUUUAUGCUCAGUGGAUUCUGUGCUGUAAAGCUGCUUACUGGUUCAGAGGUAGCGUGCUUCAUUGCAGUUUGCUUGCUACUACCGUUUUAUCGGUGAUUCGAGCUGUAACCUGAUCGUAGUCCUG